AUGUCCGCUUUCACAUUUGGUUUUGGAGGGGACGAUAUCGACGAUCAGGAUGUGGAAGACGAGAUGCAUGAUGCCUGCAUGGAUGCUGGUAUGCGCCAGUUGCACAUUGCAAGCAAGGAGAGUCAUGAUGGAGAAGGGGGAGUCUUGAUUGAGGCGAGUCAACGCGAUCUUGAUGAGAUGACUCUACCUUCGGAAAAUCCAACUGCGUAUGAUUUUAGAGCAUGUCUGAUCACUCUUGUGCUGGAAGAAUGUAGUUACGGGAUUCAUCAUGACCACCAGGCCCUCCAAUCGAUUACUUUUGCUGGAUGGGUUAUUUACAUGUCCUGUGAUAUUGUUCUAGGGCUUUCCACACUUCCAUCACAAAUAUCAUACAACAUGCUCUCAAUAAAUCCCCAAUCGUCAGCUCCAGGGCCUCCAAGCCUCACUAUCCCACGGCGCGAAGUGUUUGACAUUCGCGCCCAGCUGAUGGCGGAAGAUGAUGCAGAUACCAACGAGAAUGCGGAGUUGAUAUCCGGGCUGGAAAAAGGUGACCUAAAGCCAACAGUUUACGAAGGCGGCCUCAAGACGUGGGAGUGUGCUAUUGACCUCGCCAAGUUGGUGGCUGCUGAGGAAAUACCUUCCCUCCUAUCGGAUCUGGCGGAGGGAGAGAGAGGAGAUGUUCAUGUUGUAGAGCUCGGAGCAGGAACUGCCAUUCCAUCCCUUUCAAUUUUACAUCAUCUCCUUUCACUACCUGCUCCGCAGGACCGGCCUCGCAGGACCAUCCAUUUCGUGUUUGCGGAUUAUAACGCUGCAGUUCUUCGACUAGUGACUGUGCCGAAUAUACUCCUGACAUGGCACAUGUGCCUCCAUCGUCUGAACAACCCCCAAGACUCAGAGCGGAGUAUAUCUUCUAAUACCGAAAACGGAAGCGAUGCCGAAAAUCGCCCUAAUGGUAAUUUUCUCGAUAGCGCGGACGCUGACGAACAACCCGACCUAGACAUCGACCAUGCCCUCCUUUCUAAUUUCCGUAAGGACUUACAUGCCCGCGGAAUAUCUCUCUCCUUCGUCUCGGGUGCCUGGUCACCUGCCUUCGUCGACCUUGCUUUACCAAACUGCCCGCCAGCUUCACCAUCAUCACAACGAAGGCGGUCACAUCUCCUCAUCCUCGCCAGCGAAACAAUCUACUCUCCCUCCUCCCUCCGUUCUUUUUCAGAAACCUUACUAUCACUCCUGCGGUGCGGUAGGGGUUUGGGCUUUACAUCUACAUCUGCAUCUACAUCUUCUCCUCAAGUAGAACCAGCUGCUGAGCCUGUUGUUACUGAUAAAAAUACCCCGCCGGAAUGUAAAGCAAAAGCAUUAAUUGCUGCCAAGGAGGUAUAUUUUGGCGUUGGGGGUGGGGUUGACGAGUUUUUGCGUGUGAUGAGGGAUCACGGGCGUCGGGAGGGCCAGAUUGGUGGUGAUGGCUUCUCUGUAAAGGUGAGGGCCGAGGUUAGGAAUGAGGGGGUUGGGAGAGUGGUGCUCGAGGUUACGAUUUGA